AUGCCGUCUGAGCUCAAACGGGAUUCACGGUCUAUCGGCUCUGAAGGCAGUCCCGUACGCGGUCGUAAGCGAGUUGCCCGGGCGAAUGCAGGAGUUCAAAGCGCUCCUGAUAACGCACUUGGUUUCAACCUCACCUGGACGGACACAUUCGUGGCAGAUGCGAAGGAAGGGGCUGUUACCACGCCGACUCGUCGACCUAGGACGUCGUUUCGCCCGCGCAAGACGGAGCCGCUGCCCGGUGACGCGGGUUACAGCGCCCCCACGACCGCCCUUUCAAAUUCCAAUCCCUCCCACAAAAGCAACCAGUCGAAGCUUCGACACUCGGAGGGCCAUGUCAAGCGGCCGAUGAAUGCGUUCAUGCUCUUUCGGGCGGAGACGGUCAAGCACACCAGCAUAUCGGACGUCGAUACGGACCACAGUCAGAUGUCCAAGAUUGUCGGCGAGACAUGGAAUCAGUUGCCUCCGCAGGAGCGCCAGGUCUGGUACUCGAAGGCCUACGCGGUUGCAGCGGAACACAAGAUUAAGCACCCAAACUACUCCUACCGCCCAGUCAAAGGGUCGGCCGAGAUGCCCAAACGCAGGCAGCGUAUGUUCAAAAAGCUCGAGGGGCCGCGCUGCAUGCACAUAGCUCAACUACUACUGGAGGGGAAGAAGGGCGCGGAGCUUUCGGCCGCUCUAGAAGCGUACGAUCGGGAGAACGCCGACAUUGUACACGCGCAGUUCGAGGAGCCCGUCGUAGCGGGUUGGGGCGCUCCCGCCGCCGCCGUUGUCGCGCAGCCUCAGGACUCCAUCGAGGCCACCGCCGCCCAAAUCUCCCCCCCAAUACCCUCGACAUCGACGCAUAUCCCGUCCCCGAGGUCAUCUUCGACGAAUCACUUCACACCGAGAGGCUCGACAGACGACACAACGUCGCCCACUCCGUCAUCAUCCACAGCGACAUCAUCCACGUUAUCAUCACGCGUGGCCGUAUCGCCCUUCGUAUUACCAUCCUUGGCGUCACCACAUACAACGACAUCUCCAUUCGCUUGGAAGCUUGACGAUAACACAGGCUACAACACGGGAAAUCCACCGAUGCCUUCACAAGCGAAUGUAGAUCGCUUUCCGUUUGCGUUGGACCCGAUGCCGCUUUUCGUAAGUCCCUCGCGCCGUCCGCACAUGGUCAUUUAUGAACUCCAGACUGCGAAGGACUCUGCAGCAUCCCAGCCGCCGAGCGAGUAUCCCAGCAUAGACGGCUUGACGCCGGGCGCAAUAACCAAUGGUAUCGCUAGCCAGGAGAAUCAGCGCGAAAGUCCAGCACUCUCCUUUGGCCACCUACCGUGGGUACAUGGUCAAUUCGAGCUGCUUCCUGGAGCUUCGAGUCGUGUAUGGGCUGAAAGCGCCUCUCUCGUUGAACCAUGGGGUCUCGUUGAACCAUGGGGUGCGACGUCGUCACUAUGGCCAGACUCCGCCGAGGAGAACGGCCAGACGCGCGGGACCGGGCUCCUAUCCUCGGACUUCUUCGGCGAAGGCCAUCACGCGGCUCCUCCGCCUGUUUUCGAGACGGACGGCAGGGAGUUCACGUGCGUGGGCGUCGACGACCAGCUUGCACUAGCUCAACAAGCCCUGCUCUACGGCCAGGGGCCUGAAUUCGGCCAUGCUGGAUUCUGUUCUGCGCCGAAGGGCGCCGAAGGGUACGAGGACGCAGUCGUCUUGAGCGAGGCGGCGUCGUCUCUGCCGCUCAGGGAGCCGGCGCCUUUGCCAUAUCGACCAUUUGACCAGUUCUUCCAUACUUCCUGGUGA